UCAGCCACCCCCUCUCCUCUACCCACAUAGAGACCCUCAGCCACCCUCUCCUCUACCCACAUAGAGACCCUCAGCCACCCUCUCCUCUACCCACAUAGAGACCCCUCAGCCACCCUCUCCUCUACCCACAUAGAGACCCUCAGCCACCCUCUCUGUGCCACUCUCCCAUCUUUUCUUCCCCACAUAGAGACUAUCACUACCCUCCUCCCUUCACCCCUCACUACCUCUUGAGAUCACCACCGCCGUUUUGAAACAAUCGCUUCAGUCUUCAUCUAUCUCUGCCUGUCAUCAGAUAUUGUGUGUUGAUCUUGCUAACCUCGCUUCACAUCACCCCGCUUGGAAAACGACCCAUCUGGAUUUUUAUAAAAGACAUGAAUCAGAAGAUAUUGUUUCCUAGACAAUGCUUUUCUCCAGCCGGCCACCAGCCCCCAUCUUCCUUCCUCCCUGUGUGUGUAUCUUCUCUCUCCUGAUCAAGGUAUCCUUGUGAAUGACAAAUACUAAUCAGACUCCCACUGGUGUGGCUCACCCUCUCUCUUAUACAGCCACGGCUACACACUGUUCUUCUUUCUCACUGCAGUAAUGUUGUGCCUGUGGCUCUCUGUCUGCUUUCUCCUGUACGUCAUUCUGCUAACCCAGAUGCUACCCCGGGCAACAAGCUAACAACCCCAGACAACAAGCUAACAACCCCGGGCAACAAGCUAACAACCCCAGACAACAAGCUAACAACCCCAGACAACAAGCUAACAACCCCAGACAACAAGCUAACUUAGCGGUGGUGGUUUAGAAAGAGGUUGCUAGGUUGCUACACCCCAUUGAUCCAGAUGUUCCCCACCAUAGUACAACAACUCCCCCACACCAACUACCAAAACUAUCACCCCACUGGCCGUUAUGACCCCCGUGGAAAUUACAACAACGAUGAUGAAGACGAUGAGGAAGAUGAGGAAGAGGACCCAUUCGCUGGGUAUAGAGGCUACCCAUCUCAGUACUACCAGCCCAAUUACCCUCACCCCCCUGCACGCCCUGCACCCCAAUCCCACUCCCAGGACACUGAGCUAAGGUCCCCAGGGAUAAUGAUGAGCCGUUUCUCCAGAGACGUGGUCACACAGAGAAGAGCCACCGCUAAUACAGCCCAGACAGGACAGACAGACCAGACUGGACAGAGGAGCGAAGCUGCAGCAGAUACUGAAGUGGAGGUGAUUGGAGAAGUCCAGACAGGACAGACUGGACAGAGAGACCAGAUUGGACAGAGGAGCAAUGUUGCAGUAGAUACUGAAGGAGAGGUGGAGGUGAUUGGAGAAGUCCAGACAGGACAGACUGGACAGAGAGACCAGAUUGGACAGAGGAGCUAUGUUGCAGUAGAUACUGAAGGAGAGGUGGAGGUGAUUGGAGAAGUCCAGACUGGACAGAGGAGCGAUGUUGCAGUAGAUACUGAAGGAGAGGUGGAGGUGAUUGGAGAAGUCCAGACUGGACAGAGGAGCGAUGUUGCAGCAGAUACUGAAGGAGAGGUGGAGGUGAUUGGAGAAGUCCAGACUGGACAGAGGAGCGAUGUUGCAGUAGAUACUGAAGGAGAGGUGGAGGUGAUUGGAGAAGUCCAGACUGGACAGACAGUCCAACCACCUCUCUAUGUCCCUGUGGGUUGAUGAAGAUGUCAAAAAUAUGUUCGGUAUGCGUCAGUUGCCCCCUGUGUCGCUAGCCAGGGUCUCCUGUAUGCUAUUCCUGUAUGAGAGCGCUGUCAGAUUAGGAUAUACCCCAAAAGUGCCUGAUUUCUGUAAAUGCUGGUGUGUGGGAUGUAGGGGGACUGAGGAAGACAAGCUAUCCCCAGUGAUGUACAUUAAAAUCACUUACCUUUCUAGUGAAGUUGCAUGCAGCCUUUCAGCCAGCGCAUUGAGGAUGACUGGACUGUGUCUUUUGGGUUGAUGUGUCAUAAAGUCAAACGUCUUUUUGUAAUUUGAGAUUAUAAACGGAUGACAUUUGAACAGUCUGUCAGCUCUUUAUAACCAUGUGUCAUUUACAUUAUAGUGCUUCCAUGUUGACUUUACCCUCAGUCUUUAAGUUGUCAAGCCAGUUCUCACAAUGAUUUUUCAGUAUUUGUGUACAGUGUCCUCUCUUCUUGAUUUAAUAUGAUACAUUGUGACCUCUGUUGAAGCAGCCUCCCCCCCCCCAUUGUUAUUGUACGAUGAGGAAUUUGUUUUUUAAGUAUGCCUAAACAUUAAGGAACCAAACUUUAACCACUGUCCUAUCAAAGAAAACUACAGCUAUUGUAAGACUCUCAAGCGUUCUUGUCCAAUCGUACCGUUAUCACAUUGUUCAUUGACAUGGACUUGUCCGACUGAGUGUUAGUUUCACUUACUCUCGUCACAGGCAACGACAGAGAAGGUGCUGGAAUCACUUGUGAUGAGCUCCACAAAUCUGAAGUUUAAUGUUUUUCUUAUUGCCUUUCCCAAUUUGUUGUUGUUGUUGUUGUUGUUAUUAUGAUGAUUAUGCAACGUGGUGCCCGUCCACUGUGAGGAGAGUGUUGAAUAUAGUUAGGCCUGUGGUCUAAUUUGUGUUUUUGGACAGAAAUGAAAUUACGAAUGUAGAACUAACAGGUACCAGUGAAAUGUCUCAUCAGACCACGCCACCAAACCUUUGAAACUGAUUUAGGAAGUUAUUUAUUUAUACUUUAUUAUUUGUUUUAUAACCAAUAAAACUGUAAUUCAACAGUG